AUGAUAGGUUUUCAAGAUGGAGGAGGUGGAUAGAAUCAUAAUACAUUCACUGCGAUCCAUUGGAUGUGAUUUAGAAGAUGAGGUACAAAGUUUACGACAGUUUAGUACAGAAAUAAUUAUUGCAACUGUUGUGAAGUGCCUCAAGGCCAUUGUUGGAGAUGUUGACCUUCCUUCAACUCUUCCACCAGGGAUGUCAGCAAGAUUUCGCCUUGGAGCCAGUCUUGCAAAUCAUGUCCAGGAUUUGGGAUACAAGGGAGGAGAUCUUGGUUAUCAGACUUUCUUAUAUUCAAAUGAAUCUGAAAUUAGGAAGAUAUUUAUGUUCCUGGUUGAGAAACUCCCUAAAGAGUCAUCUCAGGCUGCAGAUGAACCAUUGGGAGCUUCCGUCCUUCUCCAUAGGGCUAUAUCUACUGAGCUGGCUUGCCAGCUUUCCAUGGCUUGGACCCCACCAUUUUUAAAAAAUAAAAGCAUCAGAUUGAGAUCCAAACCCCCAGGGUGGCAAAGGGAGGGUGCAUGUUGUCUGCAACAUUAUCACAGCAGUCAUGUCAAACUACCUAUGUCUUUGGAUAUUUCUUCUAAAAGUAGCAAAGCCCUUCGAUCAUACUACACAUCUCAUUUGCCUUAUAUAACUAAUCAAACUCAGCUUCACUGUGACACUGCACCUUCUAUAAUGGAGACAAAUGCCUUGGAAUUAGCAAGUCAUCAAGACUGGGAGAAUGAAUGGAACCAAGUAGGCCUUGCCUCAAGGCUUACCCAACAAGAGUUCAAGCGAAGAAAACACGAAAGGCUGAUGAAGAUGAUCAAAGACAGACUACAGCAGGAUAGCCAGAGACAAGAGAGAGGAGAUGGCCAAGCCCUGACAAGUGACCUCCAGCAGAUCCUCAGCAACAUUGAGAACCAGAGUAAAGCAGGUGCUGCUAAACUUAAAGGGUCUCGAUUUGCUCACACAGAAAAAUUGCAAUAUGCUAAGGAUGAAGAUAAAACAAUGGCUCAAGUGGGUGCUGCAGUUCCAAGUAAAGACACAGAAGAGGAACAAGAGAAAAAACGGCAAGAAGAAGUUGAUAGUUUGAAAACAGAGCUUUCCAAUGUUACUGCUGAUCUGGAUAAACUCGACCUAGAAAUAAAGAAAUUUACAGCCAGUCGGCAGCAGAUGGAAGAAGUCAUUUCCUUAGAGGCUAAAAGUGCCGAAGAGAAAAAUGUGACCUACAAUGUCAAAAAGAGAACACUUGAUUUAUUACCUGAAGCCGAAGUAAAUAUAGGAAAGCUACAGUCUGUUGUGGAUACAAGUGCUCAGAGACUUGUCAACUUAGCUAAACAGUGGGAAACACACAGGGUACCUCUCAUAGAACAAUACAGAGAGUUAAGACAGCUGAACUCAAAAAGAGAGUCUGAAGCCCAAAAGAAACUUGAUGAGAUUAAACAGUUUAGACUCAAAAUGAAAGAAACUGCAGAUGAUGCAAGAAGAAAAGACGAACUUCAUAAACAACUGGUGUCAGAAUAUGAAAGAAUGACAAAGGAUGUAAAUCGAUCAGCUUACACCAGAAAAAUUUUAGAAAUUGUCGCUAAUAUUAAAAAACAGAAACAGGAAAUAGAUAAAAUUUUGGUAGACACAAAGAGUGUACAAAAAGAAAUAAACUCACUAACUGGAAAAUUAGACAGGACAUUCACUGUCACAGAUGAGCUUAUUUUUAGGGAUGCAAAGAAAGAUGAAGCAAUUAAAAAAGCUUACAGAUUUUUGGCUGCACUUCAUGAGAGUUUUGAGCAAUUGAUUCAAACAGUUGAAGACACUGGUGUGGUUAUGCGAGAAAUCAAGGAUUUGGAGGAACAAAUUGAAACAGAGAGCAACAAAAAAGUUUUGAGUAACCUGGAAAAGAUAUCUGCUGACUUGCAACAAAUGAAAAAAGAAAAUGCAGCUCUGCUGGCUAAAGUCAAGGGAAAAUGAGUAUUGUAGAAAUUUGUUUAGAUUUUUUUAAUACUCAUUUUGUAUUUCUUUAAUUACCUGAGUCCCUAAAAGAAAUUGUACCAGUAUUGUUUCUGCAUUCCAGUAUACUGCUGCAGUGAUAUAGUUCAUUAUGAACUUUUUAAUAUAAAUAUAUAUAUGCUAUUUAUUUUGAAUAUGUUUUUGAAAUGUUUGUAUGUUUAUUAAUUGCAUUUGGAGUGAGUAUAAUAUCGUUCAAGUAUUUUCAAGCUAUAACUAAAACUAGUUUAAAAAUUUGAAAUAAGUCAUUUAAAAAAAUCAAGUAAAUUUAAUUACAGUAAGUUUAGUCUGCUGGUCUAUUCUUUAAAUGAAAAAUAAUCAUUUUAUUUCUUUUUCUUUUCUCACUUUAUUUGGAUAUAUUUAGAGAUACAGUGAAAUAAGACAAACAUUAAUUUUAAACUUUAUAAAGACAUGUAUUUUUAAUAUUUUUAAUGGCAAUGUAUUAAAUAAUAGCACUUUUAUAUAAUUUGGAAUGAAAUGAACCACAUUGAAAUAUGCUUAAUAUAUGCCUAAAAAAAAGUAAGUUAGUCAAAUAAGUUUGCUUACAAUAAUAACAUUUAAGUACAAGUGUUGCAAUGUGCAAUAUGUUAAAAUUGUUUAAUGAAUUUGUAUUUGAUGCCUUGUUCUUGUUGUUCUAACAUUUAUGACUAUGGCUGCGCAUUUUACAUGUGUUAUAGCUUUUUGCUGGUUACAGUUUAAAGUGUUGUGUAGAUUUAAAUGAAACUUAAAAAUACAGAGGUGCUUGUUUAAGUUGUCCCACAAAAAACCAGUUAACUUUAUCUGAGACUCUUAAUUAAGUAAUUAAACUGUGCUAGUAUUAAUAAUUAAUCAAAACAUUAUGUACUUAAAUAUAAAUCAUUGCUUGUUUUUUUUUUUUUUUGUCUUUUUUUAAUUAUGUUCUUUUGUCACUUGAACUAAUUUUUCUUUAUAGAUGAACAUACCACACAAUGUGGGUAUUUU